AUGUACAUUGUGAAUACAGCAAAAGAGAUUCUAAACUGCCGCAACCAUAAAGGACAUAUGGUACUUGAAAUUCUUGAACUGUCUCCAGGUAAUGCAGAAAGCAAGCAGUCAAAGAAAGCCGUAAAGGCAGCUGCUGGUAAAAGUACAGAGUUGUUGCCUCUCUUAGCAGGGGCACAAGAAACUAAUUCUCGACAGCAGACACUUGAAAACUCCAAAGAUAUACUUGAGACAAAAAACAGGAGCCUUCUUCAAUAUCUGAUUGAUAUAGGCAACGGUUGUGAGCUGCCCUUCGACUUCAAACUCGGCUACCAGCCAGAGGUUGUGCCUACACCAAGCUCAACCAUGUCAGCAAAAUCUAGGAAGGAUUCAGAGUUACUUUUACUGCAGGCACAAACUGGGGUCUUCCAAGAGGGGCCAUUGAAAGGAAAAUCCACAGUUCGCAGAACAACAGCUUUUAAGGUCUUUACAGUAAGCAACAACAUUGCAUUUUUCACAUCUUUGUGUAUUGUUGUUGUCUUAGUUAGCAUCAUCCCCUUUCAAAGAAAACAAAUGAUGAAAAUGUUGGUGAUUACUCACAAGGUCAUGUGGGUGGCUGUGUUGUUCAUGGCUAUUGCUUACAUUGCUGCAACAUGGGUGACCACGCAAAAUUGUAGAGAAUCAGGAUGGAUGUUUGAAGUUCUACUGGCUAUCAGUGCUGGGACUGUAGGAACCGUGUUCUUGUAUCUGGCAAUUGUGCUGACAAGACAUUGGUUAAGGAAGUUGAAGUGGAGGGAAGAGAAAGGUAAGAGGAGGAGAACAACUGCAACCAUUCAAGAUAAAGCUCAGUCACAACAUGACAGAACUAAUGCUGAAGGAGAAAUCUAUUCAGAAUCCACCAUCUCAGAUGUUGACAGUUCCACCAUUAGGAUAUCAUGCAUAUUGAAAAUUUUAAAUCCACAAAGAAUAAUGUUAAGUCUUUCUUUUCUUUUCAUCUGGAGAAGGGUGAAUAUUGAGUGUCAAACAAAUUGGAUAGUUCUGCUAACUGCUAUGUUAAUAUUUACGACCAAAACCUUUCAGAAUUAG